AUGUCCAAGACUGGUAUCGAAGUGCAAAAGGAAAAGGAUUUUUCCACAUGGUAUCAACAGGUAUUGACACGCUCUGACAUGCUUGAAUACUAUGAUAUCUCUGGGUGUUACGUUAUUAGGCCAUUAGCAUACAAUAUCUGGCAGGAGAUCGAAAAAUUCUUUGAUGCAGAAAUAAAAAAACUUGGCGUCGAAGAUGCAUAUUUCCCCAUGUUUGUAUCGCAACGAGUACUGGAGAAGGAAAAGGCGCACAUCGAAGGUUUUGCCCCUGAGGUUGCAUGGGUCACCAAAGCUGGCUCUUCCAACUUGGAGGAACCCAUUGCUAUUAGGCCAACGUCAGAGACUGUCAUGUAUCCAUACUUUGCAAAGUGGAUUCGAAGCCAUCGCGAUUUGCCAUUAAAACUCAAUCAGUGGUGUAAUGUUGUUCGAUGGGAAUUCAAAAAUCCUCGCAAGUAUCUUUAUAUUGUUUUGGAAAUUGCAUUUUGCGGAUGCGCACCUUUCCUACGUACACGAGAAUUUCUCUGGCAAGAAGGUCACACAGCCCAUCUUACAAAGGAAGAGGCUGAUGUCGAAGUGCGACAAAUUCUCGAACUCUAUCGUCAAGUGUAUGAAGAUCUUCUUGCAGUGCCAGUAAUCAAAGGCGUUAAAUCUGAAAAAGAAAAAUUUGCUGGAGGCCUUUACACCACCACUAUUGAGGGCUUUAUUCCUACUACCGGUCGUGGAAUCCAAGCGGCCACCUCACAUUGUCUCGGUCAAAAUUUCUCAAAAAUGUUUGAUAUCGUUAUUGAAGACCCCUCGGUCACAGAUGGGACCGCAAAGAAAAUCAAUGUAUGGCAAAACUCAUGGGGAUUGACGACGCGUACGAUUGGUGUUAUGGUAAUGACUCAUGGAGACAACAGAGGAUUAGUGUUGCCACCGCGUGUGGCAAAUUUACAGGUUGUGGUCAUUCCGUGCGGUUUGACUGCAAAAUCUAAAGAGCAAGAUAGAAAGAAAGUUGAAGAUAAAAUCCAGGAAGUUUUGACAGAAUUGAAAGCGGUUGGAAUCAAAGUCAAGGCGGAUUUGAGAGAUAAUUACACUCCGGCAUAUAAAUUUAAUCACUGGGAGUUAAGGGGUACUCCCGUACGCUUGGAGAUAGGUCCUCGAGAUGUAUCCUCAAACCAAGUAAUGGGAAUCCGUCGCGACACUUUCGAGAAAAAACCAAUUCCUUUAUCCGAACUUACUACCCGCGUCCCAGAACUUUUGGAUACUAUCCAACGUGAAAUGUUUGAAAGGGCCAAGAAAACAUACGAUGAGCACGUCAAGAUAGUUUUAAAAUGGGACGAUUUUGUUCCAAUGCUGGAUGCCAAAAACUUUGUACUGAUUCCGUGGUGUGAAACUGGGCAGUGUGAAGAUCAGAUAAAGGAAAACAGUGCAAGAAAAGCGACUCAAGACGAGGCUGAAGAUGAACGUGCGCCAUCUAUGGGAGCAAAAUCUCUGUGUAUUCCGUUUGAUCAACCAAAGAACCCGCCAAUUGUUGCUGGAGAGACAAAAUGCGUGGCAUGUGGCAACGAUGCUAAAAGAUAUUGUUUGUUUGGGAGGAGUUAUUAG